ACCAGAAGGUCCCAGAUCCAAGUAGAAACACAAUGGUGAAAGAGAGCCAUCAAGAACUCCCCAUAGAGGAGGAGGAUUCAAUACACCUAGAGGGGGAAGAGAUUGAGGAAGAGUUGCUAGAGGAUGAAAAUGCAGUAUUAUCUUCAUCCAAAACUGAGCACACUGAUGAAAAUGACACAGAAAAUCUAUCUGAAUUUGGGUCAGAGCAACCCAAUAAUUAUACACAAACCGAUGUUGUAUCCAGUGAUGUGUUGGAUGUGGUCCAACACGACGAGGCUAUUGACAUAGAACCUGAGGUGCAUGAGACUGAAAAUGAUGCUGAAAGCCACACACCCUCACUUAAAGAUAAAGUUCUGGAUCCCCUUCCAAACAAAGAGACGGAAUACAGUGACAAUGUGUUGAGGCUGACACUAUUGCGAGACCGCUGCAAGGAGGAGGAUAUGGAGCGCCUCCAAAAGAUUCUAGGUCCCGUGAACCUCUUUAGGUUGGAGUUCCUGUUUUUUGACCUGGAGCUGAAGGCUGCCCGGCUGUCCCAGACAAACGCCCGUGAGGACAUUGAAAAGGUGCUGGAAGCCAUUUUGGAAGCCUCUGAAACCCCAAUCCUGGAUGAGAUUGAGAGGAUGCUGGAUGCCCAUGAGAACGCUGACCAGCAGCAGGAGUCUGGUGAGUUUGUUGAGGAAGCUUCCAUCUUGGACGACUUCCAGGAAUUUGUGUUCACCCUGCGUCAGAAUUACUCGACGGCCAGAAACAGUGCUCCCAUGGCAGUGGGCAGUCAACUACACCCUGACACAGAUGGGGAUAUGUCUGAAAACACCUUGGACAUGGGACUUAGCGUAGACAUGGAUCACCCUCCCUCAGGAUCUCUGGAGUCACCUCCUGUCACUGAUUUCCAUGAAGAUGAGCAGAGUGGUUCAUCAUUCGUAUCAGUGCUAAUUUUAUCUGGUCCUCUCGUCACCCUGUUUUAUGAGUAUCUUGGAAUAUAUGGUGUUAUGAUGGUCACCAGCCUGCCAGAGCACUGGAAGCCAGGUCCAGACUUCUACGGCGUGUCCUGUGAACCCGUGCUGGUCACUGCAGGUGCCGGGGUCAUCGGCUUCCUCUUCUGGAGGAGCAUUCUAUCUGUCAAAAGCAAGUCAUAUCUAAAGAUGGUGGACAGGAUGAAAAAGCUUGAACAAGAGAAGAAGGAGAUACUCCAAAAGGUCGCUGAACUGCAGCAACAGGGCGAAGAACUUAAAGAAAAGCAAAAGCUGUCUGAAAAAUCUGCCACUUUAUCUCUGGAGAAGAUCCAGGAAUUGGAGAAUAUUGUGCAAGAGAUGGAGAGACAAAAUGAGCGCCUGGACGAGGAAAAUAACUUACACGCCAUAUCCUUUGACAAAGAGCGGGCCAAUACUGCGAAACAUGAAGAUAUGCUAGGGGACACUGCUCUCCAUAUGGCGGCUGCCCUAAACCACAAGAAAACUGUUCAGCUCCUCCUGGAGGCAGGGACCGACGGCAACGCACGGAACAACGCAGGGAAGACUGUCCUGGACAAGGCCAGAGACUACAACCACAAAGACGUGUCUCUCCUGCUGGUCAGAGCUCCUCAGGUCAGCAUGAGAUGUUUCUUUGGACAUAGACCAAUGAUACACUGAUCUGAUACACAUUAUGAACUGAUUCUGGCAUCAAAACACCUCUUAGUGAACU